GACCUGACCUACGAUCCAUGGACACCAUGACCACCCUCUCAAUGGGCCCAGAUGAAUCCAGUGCCAGUGGGGAGGCCACUGAUGUGCAAGGUGGUCUGGACCCAGGCCAUACCACGGCCUUAAUGGAGACGUUGGCACGGCACUACUUUGGGCUGGAGCUCGAUACUGUGGAGCCUGCGGCCAUGGAUGCAACACAGCAGGCUGAGAUGGCCAGCUUGGCCGACUGGGCCACCAAUGUCUUGGGUGGAGGAGUUGUGGAUCUGGACCGUGCAGUGAGUGCGGCACGGACGGCAGGUGCAGUUCUGAAACCCGGCAAGUGUGCAGAUGCCCUCGCACCGGCCAUCUCUGCAGCCAACGAGGCCAUGGCCAAGAUCCGUGAGUUCCAGGCCGAGCAGGAGAAGGUGAAGCACCUUCGCCAAGCUGUGUGUCGUCAGGCCGAGAGCAUGACUCACAAGCUGAAGCACAGCUUCGAGCAAGGAGAGAUCACCGAGGAUGAGAUGCAUCGCCGAGCCCAGGCGGUGAUUGUCUGGCAGUCAAAGAAAGAUGGGGAGUGUGAUGGGAAGCUCGGCACCAUGGAGCCAGAUGUCUGUGAGAAGACGGAGACAGCAGCCGGCUUGAUUCUGGAUGCCUGGAUUAAGCUGAGACCCCGUGCAAUGGCCAUGCCAGUGAUUGAGGAGUGUGGAGAACACCCCAUGGAUGUCGAUGAAGAGGCUUUGGACAGUUUGCUGGAGCAGGAGCUGGAGAUGGGACUUGCAGAUGACUUUCGGACAAAGGAUGCACCGGCUGUGUUCCAGCCAGAUCCGCCGGCGCCAGCCUCCUCGGAUGAGGGUGGGAGUAACGCUGCCCCGAUGCAGCCAUUGCAGACAUCGCCCGAAGAGUCCUUGGCCGGCAAUGAGCCGAAGCCCGGAAAGCCGAAGGGAGGCGGUGCAGUUUAUGCAGCUAUCGAUGCUGGCCUCAUCGACCAAGUGCUAGCUCGCCCCGACUCCUUCAAUAUACAGGCGACCGUGAAGCGCCGGGAGCAGGAGACGCACCAGGAACACAUCCUUAGAGUCGCCCACAACUGCUUCAUGAAGUUCUCUCGAAGCACAAAAAGCAAGACUUGCCCUCCGGAAGUGGUCGAUGCCAUGAUGCAGACGAAGAAAGGGAGCCAACGGUUGGACGACUUGUUCGUGCAGUACUUGAGUUGCAAUGGGCAAUGGAUGGAAUCGACACUCGUUGCUACGGCCAAGAGCAAGAAAUCCAAAGACCUGCAGUGUGCGGACAGCUACGAGCGGUACAUGGAUUUGAAGAAGAAACACGGGGCACUGACUGCCAAGCUCAUUAGAGAUGAGAAACGUGCACUCCAGGAUGCUUUGGACAAAAAGCCUGACGACAGCAUCCUCCCGUACAUCCUGGCCCAUCCUGACCUCCCGGGGUCGGAGGAUUGGGAGCUGAUUCGUGUGUUCGAUUCUGCAAAGAUCGUUGCAAGCGACAAGACGGAGACAGAGGCGUCUCUGUCGGCAGAGAUGCAAUUGGACUUGCAGAAGGAAGCGGAAGAGCUGAAGCGGCUCAGGUCCGAGCCACUCCGCAAUGGCUAUGUCGCCGAGCUCCAUCUGCAUCGUGGCAACCUCAAUGAGAUGAAGGAGAAGCUGCAGGCAGAGGAUUUGGAGGAGUCCGCAGAGAAGCAGGAUGCAUGCACUGCUGCAGUGGCGGAAACCAUGAAGGCAUACCAGGAUGCCGCAUCGAUGAUCAAGAAGAAGCUUGACCUGAGCUUUGCUGGAGCUGCAGAGAUGCUCCGCCAGGGGCACAAGGAGGUGCAUGCGAAGGGAGGUGAUCUAGGCCUUUUGGGAGACCUCAUUCGGCGUGCUGGCUGCAACGGCAAGCAUGGUUCGAACAUCGAACGUGAUGUUCUACGAACAUUGAGCAAGACUGUGGGCUCCGAUGUUCCGAUAUCCUAUGUCAAAGUGCCGAUGCUCACCUCUGUCACCAAUGACACUGUGGUGCAGAGGAUGAUGCCAGUGGUGCUGCCACACCACCUUUUGCAGUACCUGCAUGAAAUCAAUGCCGACCGGAUCGAUGUGGAACUUUGCCACCAGUACUGGAGCCAUGUGAGGUUACACACGCAGUGGGGCCGAUUGCACCCAUGCUCAUGUCAUGAUUCACCAUGCAAUCCAACUUUCCUUUAUGGCGAUGAUGUUCAGUUCAAUUCGAACGAAAAGUUGACAUGUGUUUGCUUGGGCUAUGUACUCUCCGAGAAAAAGGGCCUCUCCCUCCGGACACAUUACCCAUUAUUCGUGGUGCGGCAGGUUCUCAGCUGCGGCUUUGCCACCAUCCAGGCAUACACGAAGCCAGUGGUUGCAUCGCUGAAUGCAGCCCUUUACGGAUUUGUGCCGGAGCGGCCCAUCCUCACUCCGGAGGGCUACUGCGAGUACGAUGACUGUGUGCCAAAGCUCUCAAAUCAACCCCUGGCGACACUGAAUGGUAACAUUGUCCGCUAUCCUCUUUGUGAAAUUCGGGCUGACUGGAAGUUCUUCAAGGUCCGUGUGAUCACAAGCUGGCUGGCAGACUUGAUGACUGGGCUGGUUCAUGAUGAGAUCUACCAGACGGAGGAGCUGAUCCUCUUGGCCCAGUGCAUGCAUUUCUGCUCUGCCCUCAUGAACCAUGUGGAAUGGGCCCCUCGCUUCCUCAACGACUCCCAGAUCCAGGCCAUGCAAGAGCUGGCAUACUUUGCCGGCCGGGAGAGUGGCCCAGCUGAGUUGGGCUAG